GCCCGAGAAAAUGUUGGGUCUGUCCACUGAAUAACGGCCCGCAUUAUUGCUCUUUCGGAAAAUGUAAAACCCCAACAGGCAGCAAAGCAUCACUCACGCAUUCUCUCACCGACCUGAAACAACAAGGAAGAUUUUUGAGACGUAAUUGAGAUGGCAGCCAGGAAUGCUUUCAGAUAUGUUUCUCGUAGGCUCUCAAGCAGUGGCAAGGUGUUAAGCGAGGAGGAAAAAGCUGCUGAAAAUGUCUACAUCAAGAAAAUGGAGAAGGAGAAGCUGGAGAAGCUUGCACGCAAGGGUCCCAAGCCGGAAGAACAAGCUGCAACUAGCGCUGGUGGCUCAGGCUCAGUAGCUGAUGCUGCACCAAGUGCCCAGGCCUCUUCACCUGGGGUAUCGAAUGACAGUUACCGCAACUAUGGCGUUCUAGCUGGACUUGUUACUGGUGUUGGUGCUUUGGGUUGGUACAUGCUGUCAAAGGACAAGAAGACUGAAGAAGUACAGGAUUGAAGUAUUUCGUAAUAGGCAACAACUUGAAAAAAAUAAAGCCAACUCAUGUUUGGAAAACAGUAGCCUCGUCUCUUUUCCUUUUUUAUGGUUUUCCACCGGCUGGAUGUACAAAAUCUCUAGAGCAGAUGUAAAUUUUACAACUGCUGACUGGAUGAUGUUCUAUGUUUGUUGCUUGGUUGGCAUUAUCACACAUCGCUUUAGAAAAGAAUUUCUCUUGUUGAUAUGUCACCUUAAAAUGUAUUGCCCCUCUGUACUACCACUGAAAGAAUGCAGUUCGAUAGCCUUCCCCAUCCAUCCCAAAGGUGAUAGUUGUUUCUUUUUUCUGUCAUUUGCUUCCUUCACAUAGUUAUGUAUGUGAUCGGGUAUCACAAUCUUCCUGA